GGGUCUCUGCCUCCGGGACCUGCGGCGGUGGUGAGGUCCAGAGCACGGCUUCCCCGCGGGCGGGCGGCGUGAUGGGUUGCGGGAACUCCACUGCCACCAGCGGGGGCGCGGGCCGAGGUGCAACAGGAGCAGUUAAAGAUGCGACGGAAGACUCCAUAACAGACGACGACAAGAGGAGAAACUAUGGAGGAGUGUAUGUUGGCCUGCCCUCUGAAGCUGCCAAUAUGGUGUCUAGUCAAGCAAAGGCAGUACGAAAGAAUUAG